AAAAUGCUUCUAGUAAAUGUGGGUUAGUGUCUGCUCUUGCAACGACCAGCGGGAGGUGUGUGUUGUGGAAAAGCUGUGUGGACAGUGCAAAAUGAUUUAAAGUAAUCAGUAGAACUUAGCAAGCUUCAUUUUGUGCAAAUCAUGGAGGAACCUCGCUGAACGGCUGUGACACGAGGUUCUCUCAGAACAUAUGACCAUUGGAUUGUGAAGGCAACAACUUUCCACAAGAAGCUCUUCCUUCACUUGCUCCACCUCCUGUUAUUGUUAAAGAGGGGUCAGGUUGCGUGCCUCAGCCUUAAACUUUGGGCACUUUAGCCUUAUCACCUUGCCCACCACUAGUUAGACCUCGGCCCACGCUUCUCCUGGUUGCCCAGGGCUGCUGAGGCUUUGUGUGGUGUCUCCUGGAGCAUAUGGGCUUCCAUUGUAUGGCUGCACGUUGCUGCAGAUAGAAAGGCUUCGCGCACCCCCUGGUGCUCUCGCGUUCUGUGUGGUAGGAGAUUGUCCUCUCUCGCUCUCUCCCUCUCCCUUCUGGUUGCUCAUUAUUCAGAGAGGGAGAGACACACACACAUACUCAGUGAGAGAGAGAGAGAGAGACGGAUCUUUCAGGUCAUCUGCAGCUGCAGAGCAGCAGCAGCAGCCAGUGAAGGAGAAAGAGGAGGAGAAAAAAAAGCAGGGAAGAUGGCGAUCCUCCAUUGCUGAGACCUGGCAAGAGCACGAGAGUCAACAAACAACUUGAGACAGAAAAGGCACCAUCUCCACUGCGCGUUACCACAAGGCGACGGCACGCUAAACCCUAGCGAGUACAUAGAGAUUGGAAGGGGACAAGGAGCAGGACAAGGAAGAGGCUGGAGCUGCAGCGUCCCGGGCACUAGUCUAAUUUCCUGAUGAAAAGCCCGGUUUAAGGAAUAUGGAGGUUCUUCAGUGUGAUGGCUGUGACUUCAAAGCUCAGACCUAUGAAGACCUAAAAUCUCAUAUUCAGGAUGUCCAUACAGCAUUUUUGCAACCCACAGAUGUAACUGAGGAAGGUGCUACCCAGGCAAAAACUGUGGAUACGCAUUCCAGCAACCAGUCAGAAGGAGUGUUUACUUCUGUUAAGGAUGAAUAUGCAUCAGCUGAAGAAAAUCAUGCGCCAAGUACUCCUCAGGCUGCAAGUGGAUCAUACUAUGGCCAUAGCCCAAGUUAUUUUAGUCAGUCUAAUCAUGCAGGAAAUUCGAAGCCAACCAGCAAGUUUUUUCAGUGCAAAUUCUGCAUUCGAUAUUUUAGAUCAAAAAACCUUCUUGUGGAACAUACUAGAAAGGUUCAUGGGAAUGGUGGAGCAAAUAUAACAGGCUCUUCAAAUGUUGGACCUUCAAACUAUAACAUAAUGUUGCACGAUGGAUUUGGCAAAGUAUUUUCUUGUCAGUUUUGCACUUACAAGUCUCCCAGAAGGGCAAGAAUAUUAAAGCAUCAGAAAAUGUAUCACAAGAAUAGCCUGAAGGAAACUCCAAUGCCUCCUGUAUCCAGCCCUCCACAAAUAUCCAUGCCUAUUCCACUUCAAGAAGCAUGUAAAGAAUUACCAGCAGAAGUAGUAGAGCGUAGUAUCCUAGAAUCAAUGGUAAAACCACUUACAAAGUCUAGGGGGAACUUUUGUUGUGAAUGGUGUAGCUAUCAGACACCACGAAGAGAGCGAUGGUGUGACCACAUGAUGAAAAAACACCGUGGAAUGGUCAAAAUACUGUCAAGCUUAAGACAAGAUGGAAUGAACAUGUCAGAUCUGCAGAACAAAAGUUCUCAAGUUUCCAGUCCUGGUGGAAGCUUUAUGCCUCUUACUAUAGGCCAUGACAUUCCUAAUGUUAACAUUUCAAAUUACAGAAGCCCUGUGAAUAAUGCACUUACUAGAGGCAACCUACCCAAAUAUUCAUCUAUGCCAUACGUUCCAAUUAAACCAAAGCCAUCAUCAGAUACUGGUAUAAUGAAUUUGUCAGAUAGAUCACCUUACGCAGUUUCAGAAAAAUCCAGUGCUGUGCUUGACAUGGAUAGCAAUAGCUUGCUAAAUGAUUCAAGUUCUGAUGAUGACUACAUUGAUCUAGAUAGUGAAAAUGGCUUAAGCCCAAUGGAUCCUCAUGGUUCAGGGAUUUCUGGAGAACCAUUAUUAGGAUCAGAAAACAACAAAUUACUAGAAACAAAGGGCAUUCCUUUUAGAAGGUAUAUGAACAGAUUUCAGUGUCCCUUUUGUCCUUUCCUUACCAUGCAUAGACGGAGCAUCUCUCGUCAUAUUGAAAACAUUCAUCUCUCUGGAAAGACUGCUGUCUACAAGUGUGAUGAGUGUCCUUUUUCAUGCAAAAGCCCUUUAAAACUAGGUGCCCACAAGCAGUGCCAUAGUGGUGCUCCAUCAGAGUGGGACAGUAUAAGUACACUUAAUGAAAGUCUUUCCUCUUUUAAUGAUGCUUUUGAAAGCAGUAAUGGCAAUGGUAAAAAAGCUGGAGUUGUGACAGACUCCACCCAGCAGAACCCAUACAAAUGUACUAUGUGCAACUAUUCUACAACAACCUUAAAAGGAUUGCGUGUUCAUCAGCAACACAAGCACUCAUUUUGUGAUGAUAUGCCACAACCUAAUAGUAACAUGGUACGACAGGCACAAGACGAUCCUGAUUCAAUCACUUCAGGUACUGUAAGAAAAAGUCAAACUUCCAUAUUAGGGUUAUCUUCUAAAAAUAAUUUUGUAGCAAAGACAUCUCGGAAAAACUCAAAUGAUUUCCCUUUAGACUUAUCACCAGUAAAAAAAAGAACUAGAAUUGAUGAGAUUGCAAGCAAUCUGCAGAGCAAAAUUAACCAAAGCAAACAACAGGAAGAUAAUGUCAUAAAUGUGGAAGAUGAUGAUGAGGAAGUAGAGGAGGAGGAAGAGGAGGAAGAAAAUGAAGUGGAAAUAGAAGUAGAAAUAGACAAAGAAGAGGAACAGUCUGAGCAGAUGGAUACAACUGAUGCAUAUGGAAUCCAUCAAAUGUGGGCUAGAGAUGCUAAUAAUCCUCAGAAAAAUGUGAGUUACAGGAAUAUUCAGCACAAUUAUGCAGCAACACCCAAUGGAGCAGAAAUUGAACUGACUUUGUCAGAUGAUGAAGAAGAUUACUACUACCAGUCUACUGGCAUGAAAGAGCAAGAAACAAGUGCAUCCACAUCUCACAAUCAGUCUAGUAUCUAUAAUGAAAAUGAGCAGAAUGAAAACGCAGAGUAUAAUGAAGAAUCAGGAAGGUUAUACUAUUGUAAGCACUGUGACUUUAGCAACAAAUCUGCCAGGAGUGUGAGCACCCAUUAUCAAAGGAUGCACCCAUAUAUUAAAUUUAGUUUUAGGUAUAUUUUGGAUCCAAGUGAUCACAGUGCUGUGUAUAGGUGCCUUGAAUGCUAUAUUGAUUACAAUAACUUUGAAGAUUUACAGCAGCAUUAUGCUGAGCAUCAUCCAGAAGCAAUGAAUGUUCUCAAUUUUGACCAGUCAGAUUUGAUAUAUCGGUGCCGAUUUUGUUCAUACACAAGCCCUAAUGUUCGAAGUCUAAUGCCACAUUACCAAAGAAUGCACCCAACAGUUAAAAUAAAUAAUGCAAUGAUUUUUUCAAGCUAUGUUGUUGAUCGUCAAGAAGAGUUGAAUUCAGAGUCCCAAACAUUAAGAGAAAUUUUGAAUUCAGCCCCCAAAAGUAUGGUAACAUCUACACCAACAGGCCAAGGAGCUAGCAGCUCUGCAACUUUUAACAAAAAUUCCAUUCAGCCAUUUGGCACAGAAACUGAAAAUCCGAAAAGCUCUGUAAACAGCGUGGUUGUUUACGACUGUGAUGUUUGCAAGUUUGCAAGUCCAAACAUGCAUUCUGUUUUGGUACAUUACCAGAAAAAGCAUCCGGAUGAAAAAGCUUCCUACUUCAGAAUUCAAAAAACAAUGAGGGUAGUUUCUGUGGAAGGUGCUGCUGCAAUUUCACAACUGGCAUUAGAGGUAAGCUCUUCAGUUCAACAAAAAUCUCCCGUACCCACUCCAAAUGUGACUUCCCCAUCAGAAGUAACUCCCGAAUUAUACUUCUGCAAGCACUGUUCAUAUAGCAAUCGAUCAGUUGUGGGUGUAUUGGUUCACUAUCAAAAAAGACAUCCUGAAAUUAAGGUUACUGCAAAGUACAUUCGACAGGCUCCUCCAACUGCAGCAACUGUGAGAAAUGUAGAUGCACUACAAAACCCACCCAUAAAACAACCAACUUCCACCUCAAAUUCAAAGAAAGGCAAUACACAACCAAGGGGAAAUGAGAUGUUCUUCUGCCAGCACUGUGAUUAUGGGAAUCAGACUGUGAAAGGAGUUCUCAUCCAUUACCAAAAGAAACACAGAGAUUUUAAAGUGAAUGCCGAUGUUAUCAGACAGCAUACUGCUGCUAUUAGGAGUAUGUGUGAACAAGGACAAAAGAAGCCUGUAACAAACACACAGGCUCUUCCAUCUACCAGUGAACAUGACAAAGAGAAGCUUAGAAGCCUGAGAUGUAGGCAGUGCUCAUAUUCAACUCCUUAUGUUUAUGCCCUUAGAAAGCAUAUGAAAAAAGAUCAUCCUGCUUUAAGAGCAACUGUUACAUCAAUUCUGAAAUGGGCAUUUUUAGAUGGCCUAAUAGAGGCUGGAUAUCACUGUGAGUGGUGCAUUUAUUCUCAUCCAGAGCCAAGUGGAUUGCUUGAACAUUACCAAAAGAGACAUCCUGAGCACUAUGUUGAUUACACGUAUAUGGCUACCAAGUUAUGUGCGGGUCCAGAUUGCCCACCUAAUGAAGCCUCCACAGAAUCAAAAUCCUAUAAGUGUAGGGACUGUACUUUUGAAGCGCCAUCAAUUUGGGACAUCACCAACCACUACCAAGCAUUUCACCCUUGGGCUCUGAAAGGUAAUGAAUCUGUGCUAUUUAACAUAAUUAAGGAAAAGGAUGUUAAUUCAGAAGAGGCUUCAUAUUCUGCUGAAAAGCCUACUAUAAAUGUAGAACCACAAAUGGACAGUGGUGAUGACUUCAUUUUAUCACAAGGAAAGACUUUACCAUUGCAAACAAAUAAUUCUGCCCUGUCUUCUUCUCCAUAUUUGUGCACAGUUUGCCAUUCAGAAUACAAUAAUUUACAUGGGCUUUUGACACAUUAUGGAAAAAAACAUCCUGGUAUGAAAGUUAAAGCUGCAGACUUUGCUCAGGAGGUUGAUAUAAAUCCAGGAGCAGUUUAUAAAUGCAGGCACUGUCCAUAUAUUAAUACACGGAUUCAUGGUGUGCUCACUCACUAUCAAAAGAGACAUCCUUCCGUUAAAGUAACUGCUGAAGAUUUUGUGCAUGAUGUUGAGCAGUCUACUGAAAUGUCUCAGAAUGAAUCUGACGAAAAUAGUCGCAUAUUUAAGCAAGGGUAUGGGGCAUAUAGGUGUAAAAUAUGCCCAUAUACUCAUGGAACCCUGGAGAAACUGAAAAUCCACUAUGAAAAAUAUCAUGACCAGCCAGAACCUGACAUGCUUUCAUCGCCAAAAGAUUUUGCUUCUGUUGAGACAGAUGUUCUUUUAGAUGAACAUCCUCCUCAGACUGUUGUUACUUUAGAAGCUGCUGUAGUAAAAGGACCUACAAAGUAUAAGAGAAACCAUAUGGCCCCACACACAGUCUUCAGAUGUCAGUUAUGUAAAUACUUCUGUUCAACCAGAAAAGGUAUAGCCAGGCACUACCGCAUUAAACAUAAUAAUGUAAGAGCUCAACCUGAAGGCAAAAACAAUUUGUUUAAAUGUGCACUAUGUUCCUAUACAAACCCUAUUCGUAAAGGUCUUGCUGCUCACUACCAAAAGCGGCAUGAUAUAGAUGCAUACUACACACAUUGUUUAGCAGCAUCUAGAACGGUAUCGGACAAACCAAAUAAAGUUGUUAUUCCUAGCCCACAAAAAGAUGAUUCACUAGAGUUAAGUGAAGAGUUAAAGAAAGCAGUAGAAAUGAAAAAAUGUUCACUGUGCUCUUUCCAGUCCUACAGCAAAAAAGGUAUUGUCACCCAUUAUAUGAAACGCCAUCCUGGAGUAUUUCCAAAAAAACAAUAUGGCAGCAAACUUGGUAACUACUUUACAACUGUGUAUGCUGAGGAAAAUGAACAGCCGGCAACUGAGGAGGCAACUGAGACAGAACCAGAACCCCAGGAACAAGAGUUACUUCCUUUUAGAUGUAUAAAGUGCUUCAAACUCUCUUUUAGCACAGCAGAACUCCUGUGCAUGCAUUAUACUGAUCACCACAGCAAGGACAUAAAAAGAGACUUUUCCGUACUGGGUACCUCAGGCACACGUUCCCUUACUACCACUUACCAAUGCAAACAUUGCAAUAGCAAACUUAACAGUGUAGCUGAUCUUACCAUUCAUCUGAAUGCUCACAAUGAGGACUUCCAGAAACGUGCCAAACGUCAGGAAAGGAGAAAGCAGCUUUUGAACAAGCAGAAACUCACAGAGAUUGCAGAAAAUAAAGAAAAGAUGGGAAAUGAAGCAGCAUUACAUAAGAGUUGUAAGGAAAAGGCAGUUGUGGGAUACAAAUGCAAGUUCUGUGUGGAAGUCCACCCAACACUCCGAGCCAUCUGCAACCAUCUUCGCAAACAUGUUCAAUAUGGAAAUGUCCCCGAACUUUCUUCUGACUUACAGGAUGAAAAGUAUGAGUUUACAGAUGAAGACACAAUUGAGUAUGAUUAUGACGAUGGUGUUGAUGAUGAAGAGGAGGAGGAUGUUGAAGAAGCAUCAACGCCUGCUGAGGAAAACCCAGUAGAUGAAGCAAAAGAAACAAAAAAAGGACGCAGAACAAGACCUGGGGGUUACCCAUGUAAACAGUGUGACCGUGUUUUAAUGUCCAUGCAAGGUCUACGCUCUCAUGAAAGAAGCCACUUGGCACUGGCUAUGUUCACUCGAGAUGAUAAAUACAGCUGCCAGUUCUGUUCCUUUGUCUCUGCCUUCCGGCACAAUUUGGAUCGUCACGUCCAGACUCAUCAUGGACAUCAUAAACCUUUCAGAUGCAAACUGUGCCCUUUCAAGUCUUCCUAUAACAGCCGACUAAAAACUCAUAUAAUGAAAGCUCAUGCCGGAGAACAUGCCUAUAAAUGCUCUUUUUGCCCGUUUUCAACGAUGACAAUCAGCCAGCUGAAAGAUCACUCCUUAAAGGUUCAUGGGAAAACACUAACAUUACCUCGAAUACGCACUAUUUCUCAGACAAGCCCACGUGCCAAACAAACUACCAGGAUAGGCAAGGAGUCUGGUUUGGAUGACUCUUCAUAUUCUGAGCCACCAGAUGUUCAGCAGCAACUCAAUCAUUACCAGUCAGCUGCUCUUGCUAGAUAUAAUAACAAUAGCCCAGCACCUCUUCCUGUGAGCAGCACCUCAGCUGAGCAAAAUCAAGAAGCCGUCCUCAACUGUGAAUUUUGUGAUUUUAGCUCUGGAUAUAUUCAGAGUAUUCGUCGUCACUACCGGGAUAAACAUGGAGGGAAAAAACUCUUCAAGUGCAAAGACUGCUCCUUCUACACUUGCUUUAAAUCGGCUUUUACUAUGCAUGUUGAAGCUGGACAUUCUGCUACUCCUAUGGAAGGACCCAAAGAUUUACGCUGCCCUCUCUGCCUGUACCAUACCAAAUAUAAGCACAACAUGAUAGACCAUAUAGUUCUGCACAGAGAAGAGAGGGUCGUUCCCAUUGAAGUUUGCCGUUCCAAAUUAUCGAAACACCUCCAGGGAGUUGUGUUUCGAUGUGAUAAAUGUACCUUUACCUGCUCGAGUGAUGAGGCCUUACAACAACACAUUGAAAAGCACAAUGAACUAAAGCCCUACAAAUGUCAACUCUGUUACUAUGAGACCAAACUAUCUGAGGAGUUGGAUACUCAUCUGAGAGAGGAGCAUAAGGUAUGUCGUAAUUUUGAGUUGGUUGGAUUGGUAAAUCUGGAUCAGUUAGAACAAAUGAAAGAUAAACCAGAAAGCUCGAGUAGUGAUGAAGAAGAGGUCACUACCAAGUGUCAAGAUGCUGCACUUAUUUCUGAAAGCAAUGUUAUUGCUCAGGAAAAGCGUUUUCCAUGUGAGUUUUGUGGAAGAAACUUUGCACUGUACACUGAAUGGGAACGUCAUGUGUUAAGACAUGGCAUGACUGUUCAUGACAACAGGAAGGGGAAUGAAGAGAACAGAAAGCCAAAAGAAAACAUUGAGCAAAACAUAAAAGAUUUCCAUGUGAGCAAAAUGGAAACGGCAGAGGAAAGACAAGUAGAUGCUUCCCAGCAGACAAAAAACUUUAGUUUAAAAAAUCUUGCAGAGAAUACUGAGACCAAAAAAGAAUAAACCUUUCAUUUCAAAAGAAAAACAAAGGACUUACUUGAACACUGGUGGAAGUGGUGGAAAUCACAAGAAAAAAGAAAAAGCUGCUUUUAAGUACUUAACAUCUUUUUUUUCCCAGAAGCACUGAUACUCAUGGGAGUAUGUACAAUAUACAUAAACUUCAAUGAGGAAGUUUGCUACGCAGUGGCACCAUUAUUUCUCAUUAGCUUAUCAUGCUUACUUGGAACAAAGCUUGAGUAAUUUUUAGACUAACUGGAGGAUUUCUGCUUUAUGGCAUAGUUUCAUGGUGGAAAAUCCUCUAAAGACUCAUGGAAUCUCUCACUAGACUGUAAUUUCGAAAGCACCACUUUCUGGACAUCUUUGUAUUUUAAUACUCAAAAAAACAAAAAAAAACUGCAGCUGCUUUAGAGACUGAUAUAUAAUCAUUACAGUUCUGCACUUCACUUGGCCACCUGUUUCCUAGUACCUCAAGUUACCCAUGGGCAUGGGAAUUAUAUUUACAUUUGUUCGUACUACUUUUCCUGGUGGAUGAAUGUUGAGAAAACCGGACAAGACGUGAACAAAAAAAAAAAAUGUUUUUUUUCUAAGAGUUUAUACUAGGCACAAUGUCCUGCUUGAAAACCCUUGAUGGACUUUGUUUUAAAAUACUGUGAUUUUUUUUUUUCUUUUUUAUUUAUGAAAACCAGAAAAACAGGAUAUUGUUACUAUGUGAGCCCUUAAUUGUAGGCUGCUUGUUUGUUGGCUGUAAUUUAAGGGUUGGCUUUUCUCAAUCUACUCUUGUGUAGAAGACCAUACUUUGGACAGAUGUUUACUUUUUCUCUCUUCUAUUCUUUAGAUUGCCAUACAUAGCACAAUCCUUAAGUUACUGAUUGGAAUGCUUGAUAAUCAAACAAAGUGACAACUUGUUAUUUUGGUCCUUCCAUAAAUGUGGUUCCCAGCAUGCAUAUCUCGGGUGGCAAACACACCAGCAGCAGUUACAGUUUUGGGUGAUCUAGUAUAUUCAGGCAAAUAAAUUGACACAUUUAAAUUAGGCUCUCUGGCGGUAAAUGAAAACCAUGUAUUAAUUCUGAAUACUUUUCAUGUAAAAAAAUUAAUAUACAGUUUUUGAAUAGCAGUGAAGCCUCCUAACAAUAAAUCCUCAGAACUCUGCAGUUGUUAGUUGGUAUUCCUAACAGUUAUGUGGCGAUGUUUUGGAAACCUUUCUUAUUAGGAAUGGGCUUUUAAAAGGUUGAUUCUCAGAUGCAUUACAUUUUCUGUUAUUGAAUGUAGGAAUUGUGCUAAAUAGCGAACAGAUCUUUUUUUGGGGUUUUUUGUUUUCAUUUUUAACUGAAGUCUCAGCAUAUGAAUAAGUUGACUGUUCUCAUUCUGUGGAUGCCAAAUGAGCAUCACUUAAAUCCUGCAGUUACAUAACAAUGAAUAGACCUAAAUGGUACCAUCACGCUGCCCGCUUUAUACACAGCAGGCAGGGUUACGAGAUUAUAGAAUUAUGAUUUUUUGUUCCCCCGAGCAAUGUUGGAGUCACGUUAAAACUCAUGUAAAUGUACAUAUUUUUCAUUAACUUAGUUUUCAUUGCACUUUUGUUAGAUUUUAAAAGUGUUUUAUUUUUAAAAUUCUAGAUCCAGCAUAGAUUAUGUUCCUCUACAUUUGCAUGGGGCUCACACUUUGAGUUGCUGUAAUAUAUCCCCUACCUCAUUCCUUUGCGGUGAGCAGAAAUCAUUUCAGGUUUACCAGCUUCUCAACAAAAUAAGAGUAAAUAGCCUUUUGUUUGUCAGAACUUCCAAACCAAUUCUCUUAUACCAACAACAAACCAAAAAUGGUUUAUAAUAAACUGAACUUUCCAGUAUAGUCUUUGUAACUUUUACACCGAAUAAACAUGUUGAAAAAUACUUAUCUUUGCAUUAAAGGUUAUCUCUUUUUGUGGUUGAGCCUUACAGCAUAUCUAUUGGCAUUUUCUUAAAGCUUCUCGAAGUAGUUGGACUUCUGGAGUGGCUACCAAAAAUAAUUCCAUAAAGAUUGUGAUGUGCUUUUAUCACUACUUUAUUUUUCAAAUAAUGUGUAAAUAAUGUAAUCCAUUUGUUUUGCUAACCUGUUAAUAAAACUAUGGGACCAUUAUCCUUUUAA